GUUGGAGCCAUAUAAGUUAACAGCCAUGACUAUCAGUGAAGUCAACUGCUGUGAAUAGCAUAGAGCCAUUUUCUUGUAGGGAGAUUUCGACUAUGUGCAUAGCGGUGUUUAUGUGGGAAACACACCCACUUUACCCUUUCAUUUUAUUUCUCAACAGAGACGAGUAUCACAAACGGCCAACUGAGCCAUUGAUAUGGUGGGAAGGUGGGGAGAUUCUUGGUGGAAGAGAUGCGCAAGCUGGUGGGACAUGGUUGGCUUCUUCUAGGGAUGGUAGAUUGGCUUUUAUCACCAAUUUUAGGGAACUCCAAUCCAUUCCUCAAGCUAAAAGUAGAGGAAAUCUCCCUGUUGAUUUCUUGCAGAGCAAGAAGAAGCCUAUUGAAUUUGCUGAAGAAGUGGUGAAGGAGGCAGAUCAGUACAAUGGGUUCAACCUUAUAUUAGUCGAAGUUCGUUCAAAAUCCAUGGUUUAUCUAACAAACCGACCGGAAAAAACUGGCAACUUUGUCACACAGGUUUCACCUGGGAUUCAUGUUCUAUCAAAUGCAAACCUAGAUUCACCUUGGCUCAAGGCUCAAAGAUUGGAUCAUAAUUUCAAGGAGGUAUUGGCUAGAUAUGGCAAAGAUGAACUUCCACUUAAAGAGAUGGUUGGCCAACUAAUGAUGGACACCACUAAAGAUGAUUUAAGCUUGUUACCCCACAUAUACUCACCUGAGACUGAGUAUGAUUUGAGUGCCAUUUACAUCGAUACCACUAGUCCCCAGGGACGUUAUGGAACCAGAAACCAGUCGGCAUUGACAGUGAAAUCAAAUGGGGAGGUGUGCUUUUAUGAAAGAUAUUUGGACAAGGAUCGGUGGAAAGAGAAUACAGUAACUUACCAAAUAGAGAUGACCACAAAGUAAACAUCAGUUGCAUGAUUGAUAUAUAUCAUUUGGCACUAUCAACAAUGGUUGAGGUUUAUUUUCAAGGCAUUUGAACCUCUAAUGAUAGUCAAUAACAAGUUUUUUCCUUUAAAUUUUCAUUUUCGAUUGUUAUUCUACAUAUAACAAUUUGAAUAUAAUUAAUAUUUAAUUAUAUUUAAAUAAAGUUAAUAGUAUUUAUGUUUAA